AGUUGGGUACAUUCACUGAAGAUCAGUGGGUACAUUCGCGCACUGAAAAAUGGCUGGUAUUCAGAGACUGGUGACUGUUGAGCGAUUGAGAUCGAAAGCUAAUUGCCUUCCAGUUGCUUCAUCAUGGAGAGCAAUUCAAAGUCUUCGGAAGAGCUCGACCUCGUCGGACUACAUCCAAGAUAGCAUAGUUCCCACAAUGCACUUCCAGCAUAGCCUUCCGCGCCUGCCCAUCCCAAAGCUCUCGGACACCUGCCGUCGCUAUCUUGCCUCACAAGAACCGGUCCUCACUCCCGAAGUGUAUGCCGCCACGGAAAAGAUCGUUCAGGAGUUUGAAAAAGGAGAGGGAAAUUCUUUGAACAGCCAACUCAUUGCCCAGAAUAAAAGGAACAAACAUACAAGCUACAUCUCAGGUCCGUGGUUUGAUAUGUAUUUGGAAUCCAGAGCAUCAAUUGUACUCAACUUUAAUCCAUAUUUCUCCUACACGUUCGAUGAUCGACCGGAGUAUAAUGAUCAGCUCAUCAGAUCAUCUAAUUUUGUGGUCUCUGCCUUGCGUUUGAUGAAGACGAUGAGGGCUGGCAAGCUAGAACCAGAGGUCUACCAUCUUAACCCUAAGAAAUCGGACACUCAAAGCUUCCGCAAGAUUGCAAGGUGGAUGCCUCAGUCAAUCGCAUCCUACUAUGCCAUCAUAAACAAGGCAUUUCCACUGGAUAUGAGCCAGUACUUCAGACUAUUCAACUCAACACGUAUUCCUCGGAUCGGUCGAGAUGAACUCGUCACCGACGAAAGUGGGCGUCAUCUACUGGUAGUCCGGAACGGGCAUUACUUCACAUUCGAUGUUAUUGAUCGAGAAGGAAACAUAGUAUCCCCAGCAGACAUCCAAGCCAAUCUCCAGUACAUCCUGAACGACAACACGCCCCGUCCCGAUGCACCACUAGGCUACCUCACCGCAGAGAACAGGGAUACAUGGGCCAACGUCAGGGAGCAGAUUGUAGGCACCAGUGAGAAGAAUGCCGAAACAAUGAAGAUGAUAGAUUCAGCUGUAUUCUGUCUGUGCCUUGACGACACCAGCCCCGACGUUCCUGAAAGUGUGACUAGGAACAAUCUGUACGGGGAUGCUGCAUACAGGUGGUUUGACAAGUCCUUCCAGAUCAUAGUCUGCAAGAAUGGAUUGAUGUCGGUGAACUUUGAGCAUGCCUGGGGCGAUGGGGUGGCUGUACUGAGGCUCUUCAAUGAAACAUACAAAGACCUGACAGAACAACCAGCGCUAUCGCCGUCUUCAAAGCCCUCCAACAUUGAUCCAUCUCAGUGUGUGAAUAGGUUGACCCUUGACCUUGAACCAAGUGUAUCCAAUGCCAUCAAGACUGCAAGAGAAAACUAUGAAGCUGCUACAAGCAAGCUACGCAUUGAUACCAACCAACACAUGGAGCUUGGAAAGAAUUUCCUCAAAAGUUGUAAGAUCAGCCCAGACUCUGUCAUGCAGCUUUCAUUCCAGAUGGCGUACUACAGGAUGACGGGCAAGGUUGGUGCCACGUACGAGUCCUGCAGCACAGCCGCCUUCAAGCACGGCAGGACGGAAACCCUUCGAUCUGCCACGAAGGAAACCUUCAGUUGCUCCCAGGCAUUCCAGAAGGAUUCCUCAGCAGGCCUGGAGGAGAAGAGGAGACUACUACACGAGUGUUCGGAUAAACAUAACGUCCUCACCAAGGAGGCUGCUAUGGGACAAGGAUGGGAUAGACACCUCUUCGCUCUGCGUACGCUGGCUGCAAAGGAAGGCAAGACCCCAGCCAUCUUUGCCGAUCCAGCCUACAGCUUCAUCAACCACAUCAUCCUCUCCACCAGCACUCUAAGUGCACCGGCUAUCCUGAUCGGGGGGUUCGCGCCCGUCGUUCCCAACGGUCUCGGGAUCGGUUACACCGCUUCCGACGAUUCCGUGGGAUGCCACAUCACGUCGUAUCCCAAUUCUUUGAACGGGAGCGACUUCGUGGCGUGCGUGGCUGACUGUUGGAAAGACAUUCACGAUGUCUUGAGUAGAACAAAUAAGCAAUAAAGAUAGCUGUACAUACAUGUAGCAGUGCUUCCCAGAAUUAACAAAAUUAAUCAUUUGUAUAUUGUAGCUUGUAUUUAACAUGUAGAUGUGUUAUGGCUCAGUGGAUACAUCUCCGGACUUUGAACCACAAGGUCCAGGGUUCAAAUCCCACCGCAGCACUUGUAUCCUUUGGCUUUUAUCUACAUUCACACUCUCCACCCAGGUGUAGUAAAUGUAUACCCGGUAGGAAGGAAUUCAUUAAAUGCUUGAGCGCCCAUUAAGAGUAGCCAUGCUAAAGCCAGGAAAUAGUAUGCAGCGUUUAAGCUCUGUAUAAAUUAUGCAUGUCAUUAUUUUUUAUUUCUUCACAAUUAUCAUAGAUAGAUGAGUAUAUUUGUAAAGCUU